GCUGUUUUGUGGCAAUUCUAACCUUCUGGCCAUCAUUGGGUUCAUUUCAAGCCAGGACAUUUUACCGCUCGGAGCUUCCUGUAUGAUUAGAAAUCCCGCGUUUCUCAGGCUUCUUAUAAAAAGGCAGAAUGGUUCUCCUUAUACGGCUACCACCAUGCUGUUCUUCCCAUGGCAUACCUGGGCUGUCUUAUUUCCGCUUGUGCAAUUCGUGUCGUUGGUCACUUCUCAAGUAGCGCAGGUAGCCUGCAAUACAUCCAUUGACUCCGCUUGGUCAUUUAAUUCCCUUAAUCAAAGCCCAUGUAUGGUUGCAGCCUAUCUCGGAGGCGUAUGCAACUCUGGGAACUUUACUGUUACUCCUUUGAGCGAGGGACAGCUCUACGCUGGUCCCACUCUUGAACAGGCGAAUAGUUGUCGAUGUAGCUCUGUGUUCUAUUCGCUUAUCAGCGCCUGUGCGCUUUGCCAGGGGCGUACUUAUGAAAGGUGGUCUCUUUUUGAUCUCAACUGCACCGACAGUGUAAAUGUCCCAGUUGGAGAGUGAGUUUGCGUGUGUUCGAUCACAACGGCGGAGAGACCUUCAUAGACUGAUAGAUUUAACAAUGACAUACCUGAACAAACGGCGGUCCCCCACUGGGCCUAUCAAAAUGUCUCGGUGUGCUACCUAAUUCUCUAAAGCAUGAAAGCCGGCGUUGAACUCCAUAUUAGCUGACUGAUUCUUUUGACGAGCAAGAGGCAAAGUCGGAUUUAGGACAGAU